AGCACUGUGGGACACCCGGCAACGUGGGGUGGGAAGGAAGCCUCCGAGGGUCAGAUCUUAGCGACGCGGGAAGUCCAGACACCAGAACUGUCUGAAGAGGAGGCCUGAGGCGGAGAAGGCUCGGGCUCCAGCGGAGGCAAUGGCGGAGGGGGAGGAGGACCUAAAUCUGCCCAACGCCGUCAUUACUAGGAUCAUCAAGGAAGCGCUCCCGGACGGCGUCAACAUCUCCAAGGAGGCCCGGAGCGCCAUCUCCCGCGCCGCCAGCGUCUUCGUUCUGUAUGCCACAUCCUGUGCGAACAACUUCGCAAUGAAAGGGAAGCGAAAGACUCUGAAUGCCAGUGAUGUGCUGUCAGCCAUGGAAGAGAUGGAGUUCCAGCGGUUCAUUUCACCAUUGAAAGAAGCCCUAGAAGCUUACAGGCGGGAGCAGAAAGGCAAGAAGGAAGCUUCCGAGCAAAAGAAGAAGGACAAAGACAAAAAGACAGAUUCCGAAGAGCAGGACAAGAGCAGGGAGGAAGAUGAUGAAGAUGAAGAAAGACUAGAAGAGGAAGAGCAGAAUGAAGAGGAGGAAGUAGACAACUGAGUCGAGAGAAUGGGCACUCUGCGGCACCAUGGGAGUGACCAACCUCCCUGAGAUGUUUUUAUGCGAAGCCUUUCCCUGCAAGGCAGAGCCAUCUUCGGCACAGGUGCCUAAGAUCAGAAUAAAAACUGACCAGAAUGAUCAAAACCAGCUCUUGCCAGGCUGAGGGCAUCAGAGUAACAGAAACCUGUUUUGCUGAAUCAGUCUGGAGGUUGUGACUUUUUAGUAUAAGGGAUUCUGACUGACUAAAUAGUUUGAUGUCAUUUGUUUACUUAAGUAUGUGGCUAGCUAGUUUUUGAUCCCAUUUCCCUGACCCUCCAAAAAAGUAAUAACUUCCAUGUUGCUUGCCUGCUGUGUUCUGGAUCACAGAAGCACUCAAGGCUCAGGGGGAGGAAAUGGGGCUUUGAUCAUGGUCACCCUGUUUGAUUGUACAGUAUCUGGCAAUAGGUAUUAAUGGUCAGAAUGGUUGCGCUUUAGGAAAUGACUAAAAGGCUGUGAGAGAAUAAGGUAAUCUCUUCACUGGAUGGUAGCAUUACUUGUUUGUUUUGUUUUCUAGACUUAAUUAGCCUGUAGCCCUUCUUUGUUGACUAUAGAUGUUCAGUCUUCUGGGGUGGCUGCACUCCUACACAUACACUCUUAAAUUCUCAGUGUUGAUUAAAUUCUGUCCAAAAAGGGUGUCAAUUCUUAAAAACAGGUGACUUAAUCUUAGGGUAACUCAGUGCCUGCCACUGUAGGAUUUAGUGCUACCUCCUGGAAGGUAUAAAAUCCCAGGUUUUCUCUUGCUUAGUCCAUCUCCCUGACUUGCAGCUGCUGCUUUUCAUUCCUUGAACUCUUGACAAGUUCCAGAUGUUAUUUCCUCUAGGCAUAGCCUUUUCCCUCUCCAUCUCCUGCCUCUGCUUCCCAGCCCCUCUUUCUCCUUUUCUUAAUUCAUCUUCCAGUCUAGGAACUUUGGUAACCCAUGUAGUGUCGCACAGUGCCAGUUCCUCAGAUUCCUUAGUCCUACUCUCCUGAAACGCCUCUGAACCUUAAGGUAAAUGUAACGGUGCUCAGGAAUCUAGCAGCACAGCCACCACUGCUGUGGCUUUUGAAGUGUCUGUUGGCCUUUCCUUUCUCCCCAUUUAGUGCUCCAAGCACCCUUUUUUUUUUUUUUUUUUUUUUUUUUUUUUUUUUUUUUUUUUGGUCUUAGUUGAGCACUUGAGGUUGAAAAGUAAUGUAAUAUAGUUGGAUACUGUUAGCUAGUUGAGUGAAUACAAUGAAGAGUUUAUUGAAAGUGAUGAGACUGUUGAGAAGAUUUUAAUGCUUUUUACAAAUAAAGAACAUUCUUGUUUAAAAUGGU